AUGACGGAGAAGUUGAUGCCACCUGUAAUUAUUACAGCAGAACCCCACACCGAUCAGCUACUUAUACGACUUCAAAAGACCAGGGAGACUCUAGUGCGAGAGAGAGAUCAUAUUAUCCCUAAUCAAUUGUACCAUGAUCUCAUAGGAGUAAUUGAUGACUCAUACAAUGUAAUUGCUUGUUGCCAGGUGCGAGAAGACAUUCAAACACCAACUCCGAAAAAAGAGAGAUACGAGUAUGUGACAGAUGAAGUAUCGCAAAAUAGCCAAAAGAUGAAAUCAAUAAAUGUUCAGUCGAAUGAGCAGCAGCAGCAGCAGCCGCAUAUAGGUGGAGUAAGAGGAGGAGGAAAGGGCAAGAAAAAGAAGCCGGUCUUGCAAACCCCCACCGACAGAAUAACGAGGUCGAUGAACAUCGUGCCUGUACAGAAGCACAAACAUCCGCUGGAUAGGGUCAGCGAGGAGCCAAUUGACCUAUGA